UGCAGAGAUAAGGAAGAACAGACUUGGUGUUGGUAGAGAGUGUUAACUGAAAACAUGUUGGCUACCAAGCUGUCCCGGCCUCUCCUGAACUUCUCUGUGAAAGCCCUGAAUUUCAAGGACACAGGAAAUGGUUUCAGGCCUGUGCAAAGAUUUUGUUUCCCUCUCUUGUCCCCAUGUGGCAGCCGCUCUUAUGCAGCUGAAGUCGAUCAGAUUGGCAGCAAAGCUGUGCUUAUAACAGGUUGUGACUCAGGGUUUGGAUUUGCUUUGGCGAAGCACCUGCAUACCAAGGGCUUCAUUAUUUACGCUGGCUGCCUGCAAAAGGACAAGGGAGGUGGUGGCUCCAAGGAACUGGACAACAUGAACAGUGAUCGAAUGAGAACAGUCCAGCUCAACGUCUGUGAUAGCAAGGAAGUGGACCGAGCAGUGGAGCACGUGAAUAGCAGCUUGCCGGACCCAGAGAAAGGUUUGUGGGGGCUGGUUAACAAUGCUGGGAUCUCCACAUUCGGGGAAGUGGAGUUUACAAGCAUGGACACCUACAUGGAGGUAGCUGAAGUGAAUCUGUGGGGGACUGUUAGAACCACCAAAGCUUUCCUCCCUCUCAUCCGGAGGUCGAAAGGUCGUGUGGUGAACAUCAGUAGCAUGAUGGGUCGGAUGGGCAGUCCUGCCCGGUCACCGUACUGCAUCACCAAGUUUGGUGUGGAAGCCUUCUCCGACUGCCUGCGGUACGAAAUGCAGCCCCAGGGAGUGAUGGUCAGCAUCGUGGAACCUGGCAACUUCAUAGCUGCCACCAACCUGUACAGCCCUGAGCGCAUCAAGGCCAUAGCUGACAAAAUGUGGGAUGAGCUCCCGGAGAUAGUGCGCAAAGACUAUGGCAGGAAGUACUUCGAUGAGCAGGUCAGCAAGAUGGAGACGUACUGCAACAGCGGCUCCACGGACACCUCGCCCGUCAUCGAGAGCGUGGCCCACGCGCUCACCUCCACGACCCCCUACACCCGCUACCACCCCAUGGAUUACUACUGGUGGCUCCGCAUGCAGAUCAUGACGCACAUGCCUGCUGCCAUUUCAGAUCGGCUCUAUGUCUAUUGAGGCCUCGUGCUCCUAGGCUUCACAGGUGGGAAAUUUGUUAAAGAGAACGUUGUACACACUUCCCAUUAGUUGUUUUAAAAUUCAUCUAACCUCAUUUCAGAGUACUGUAUUUUAGCUCUAAAGGGUUCAUUUAAAUAUCUGACAUAACCUAAAGGGCAGUUAUUUGCAAGGGAUGCUUCCUAGGCAGGAACGCAUUUUGUUUGUGCAGGGACAUUUGUUCUUUGCUGUUUAU